UUGAACCUGACGCUAAAUUGAUUUCCCCUUGGGGGCGGGCCUGGAAAAGUUAUUCAGCAUGUUUUACCUGCUAAAAAAAUAUAUAUAUAUGUAUAUGCUAAACAAAAUCGUAGGUAAACUAUGCCAGAUCGAUCAAAUCAGCGUUGGUUUGUCAUCGCAACACUGGCUUCGUGGAACUUAAUGAGUGGUUUCGGUUUCUACGCCUACAUUCUGGAUUGCUAUGUAAAUUAUCCACCUGAUCACCAGAGAAGGCAGUUCAAAUAUCACACUUUUGCCGGAACAAUUGACAAAGAUAUAGUUAUGGGAAUCACUGUCGUUAUGCUAAGUCAGAUAGUAUCUUCGAUUUUACUCUGCUUUGCAUUAGAUGAGAAGAAAAGAACAUGUCUUAUUUACGGAAUUUUCAUUAGCUUGGCUUUUCCGUGUGCGUGUCUCCCAGUUUGGCCAUUAGCUGUAACACAUGUCAGUCUUGUUUUGGUAGCGCUGAGUUAUUACUUUGAGUAAUUUAAAAAAAAUUGUAAAAAAAUUGAUGUUUACUGCAAACUAUUUAUUUUGGUCCCAGUCCUAUAAAAAAUAUUAUUUUCUGCCUGAAAGAAGGCUAUAAAA